UGUGUCUUUGCAGAUUUUGGCUGUGGAAAGGGGAAAGGUGCUGAGCGAGGCCUGCCCGGGGCCCACGGGACACGCUUUGGAGAUGACAAACUUGAAGAGCUUGAGGAGGUGAAUCCCUUCUCCUUUAAGGAGUUCCUGAAAACCAAGAAUUUCAGCCUGUCCAAAGAGGAGCCCCCCAACAGUCGGGGUUACACGAAGGAGGCCCCACGGCACUCCCUGGGGCUCGAACGCCGCUCCCCCAGCCCACACACCGUGGGGUACAGCCUGGAGUACUCCCAGCCGUUCUUCGAAGACCCCACGGGGGCCGGCGACCUCCUGGAUGAGGAUGAGGACGAGGACGACACCUGGACGGGGGCUUACCUGCCGUCCUCAGUAGAGCAGACCCACACCCUCAGGGCGGCCACCAGCACAUCCCCCUGCAGCACCUACGUGUCCUUCUUCUCCAGCCCAUCGGAGCUGGCGGGGCCCGAGUUGCUGCCCCCGUGGACGCUGAGUGGCACGGGCUCCCGCGCCUCUCCAGAGCCCCCUUCCAGUAGUCCCAGCCCAGACUUUGCAGCCCAUGGAGAGUCUCUGGGGGACCGCCACCUGCGGACGCUGCAGAUAAGUUACGAAGCACUGAAAGAGGAAAACUCUAAGCUAAGAAGAAAGCUGAAUGAGGUUCAGAGCUUCUCUGAAACUCAAACAGAAAUGGUGAGGACGCUGGAGCGGAGGCUGGAGGCGAAGAUGGCCAAGGAGGAGCGAGACUACCGUGACCUGGAGUCCGUGGUCCAGCAGGUGGAGCAGAACCUGGAGCUGAUGACCAAACGGGCCGUGAAGGCAGAGAGCCAGGUGGUGAAGCUGAAGCAGGACUUGGGGCUGCUCCAGGCGCAGAUCUCCACCUUCGAGCAGGAGAACGAGGCCCUGCGGUGCGGCCAGGGCGCCAGCCUGACCGUGGUAAAGCAGAACACCGACAUGGCCCUGCAGAACCUCCGGAUUGUCAUAAGCAACGCGCACGAGUCCAUAAAGCAGCUGGUUUCUGGAGCGGAGACGCUGAACCUUGUCGCCGAGAUCCUCAAAUCCAUAGACAGAAUUUCGGAGAUUAAAGAGGAGCCAGAGGAUGAGUCCUGAGAACCCUGGAAACGCUUCCAGCGCCACGCGCUCGCUGUUCACACCUGAGCCCGCCGCUGUGCGUUGUCUUCACCGCAGUAAAGCUAUUUAUCACUCACUCA